GGCACCAGGGAAGAGGCUGAAGCUCUGCCCGCUGGUGCCACUCGCGCGGGGCAGACCAGGCUCCGCGGUGCUCCCUGCUCUGCUCCGCUCCAUGUGGGGCAGAGGCUCUUGCCCGUGGGGCAGGAUGAGGCGCCUGCUCCGGGCUGGCUGCAGCCACCUCCUGCCCUGGGCGGCCGCUCAGGAGCUGCCUGUGACCGCUGCAGUGGCCUCCUCUGGCUCCUCACCCGCUGUGUCCAUGGGGCUCCCCCGGCACCCGGCCCGUUGGGGCUCAAGCUUCAACGUGCCCCCAAGCGCUGAGGCCGUGGCCCGGCCCGUGGGGAUCUGCUCCAUGAUGAAACUGCCUGUCCAGGCGUCGGCAGCGGGGCUGGAUGCGGCCUUUGUGGGCGUCCCGCUGGACACGGGCACGUCCAACCGCCCGGGAGCCAGGUUCGGCCCAAGGCAGAUCCGGGCUGAGUCGUCGCUGCUGCGGAGGUUCAAUGGCAGCACCGGGGCUGCCCCGUUCGACUCCCUGCACGUGGCGGACAUCGGGGACGUGAACGUGAACCCCUACAACCUGCCCGAGAGCUGCCGCCUCAUCCGUGGGUCCUACCAGCACAUCGUGGGCUCCGGCUGCGUGCCCCUCACCCUGGGUGGGGAUCACACCAUUACAUACCCCAUCCUGCAGGCCAUGGCAGAAAGGCACGGUCCCGUGGGGCUGGUGCACGUGGAUGCUCACACCGACACCGCAGACAGAGCCCUGGGGGAGAGGAUCUACCACGGGACUCCGUUCCGGCGCUGUGUGGAGGAAGGGCUGUUGGACUGUGGGCGCGUGAUCCAGAUCGGCAUCCGGGGCUCCUCCUAUGAUCCCGAUCCUUACAAGUACUGCCGGGAACAGGGGUUCAGGGUGGUCCCGGCUGAGGAGUGCUGGAUGAGGUCCCUGGCGCCGCUGAUGGCGGAGGUGCGGCAGCAGAUGCGGGACCGGCCGGUCUACAUCAGCUUCGACAUCGACGGGCUGGACCCCGCGUACGCGCCGGGCACCGGGACGCCGGAGGUGGCCGGGCUCACGCCGGCGCAGGCUUUGGAGAUCAUUCGUGGCUGCAGAGGCCUGAACAUAGUGGGUUGUGACCUUGUCGAAGUCGCACCCAUGUACGACGUCUCCGGUAACACAGCCCUGCUGGGGGCAAAUCUGCUCUUUGAGAUGCUCUGUGUUCUCCCUGGGGUGAAGACGAUGUGAGGGCAGCUCCCGCCUGCCCCAGCGGCAGGGUUUGCUCAGCCGAGGCUUCGUGGUUGCAGCCAAGUUUUGCAAUAAGGAAUAAACACCAUUUACCACUAGAAAAGGUAAAGCUGAAGCGGAGUUAUCACUGGUAAAAAGCUUCUCUCACUAAGGUGCAGCAGUGGGAGGAUGAAUGUAGAGGAAGGGAAGGCACAAGUGCGGCUUUGGGGCUCAUUUGUGGGGAUAAGGGAAUCUCUGGCUGCAUUUCUUGCUGAGAAUAACCGGGAAUCGCCCACACCAGGGGAGGUUAAAGUGCUCCUGGGAUCUGUUUGUCCACGGAAACACAAGAGCCACCUCAUCACACAUUAAAAUAGUUUAUUUUGGUUG